GCCAGUUAACGCACAUGGCGGCAGCAAGAUGGGCUCAGCAAAGUCGAGAGAGGAAAGAGUCCCGUCGACACAACCCAGGGAUGUAUUACUACUGAUUGAAGCUGAGAGACAACGGGGCGCGACAACGAACAUGAUCGGGGCGUAGCGUAGCGACAUGCAAGCGAAGAAACGCUACGUUUUAGUUCUGAUGAGCUGUGCGUUCCUCGUCCUGUGUUACUUCGGUGCGUUCCGCUUACGGCAACAUGGCGGCGAGCUGCCGGGAGACAACAAUCCGAAGAAGUUACGUUCCUACACGGACGCUGAUGGACCGGGCGAUUUGCGUUUCUAUCCGGACGAAGACCUGAUCGUGUCGCCCUCGCAGCGGCGUAGCGAGCGACGCGCCUCCUACAAAUCCGGCAACUGCACCCUGUACACGUGCUUCGAUCUCUCGCGGUGCCAGAAGGAUUUCAAAGUGUACGUGUAUCCUGUGGACGAGCCCAUAUCCCCCACGUACCAGAAGAUCCUGAACGUAAUCCGGGACUCACGGUACUUCACUUCGGAUCCUAGUCAAGCGUGUCUUUUUGUGCUGGGUAUUGACACUUUGGACCGGGACAAUCUGAGUCCGGACUACGUCUCUGACUUGCAAAGCAAGUUGGACCAAGUCAAAUACUGGAACAAUGGUCGGAACCAUGUGAUAUUUAAUUUAUAUUCCGGCACGUGGCCGGACUAUGCCGAGAAUCUCGGCUUCGACAUUGGAGAAGCAAUUUUAGCCAAAGCCAGCAUGUCCACGGCGAACUUUAGACCGAAAUUUGAUGUGUCCGUUCCGUUGUUUUCAAAAUCCCACCCUGAGAGGGGCGGGGAUAGAGGAUAUGUGGGAUCUGGUGACUUACCAGCUACUAAAAAAUAUCUUCUUGUGUUUAAAGGAAAGCGGUACCUGUAUGGUAUCGGGUCUGAAACCCGCAAUUCCUUGUACCACCUUCAUAAUGGGAAGGAUAUUAUACUUCUGACGACUUGUAAACAUGGUAAAAAGUGGAAAGAAUUAAAGGAUCCACGCUGUGAACUUGAAAACAAGGAAUAUGACAGGUUUGACUACCAGGUACUUCUGCAGAACGCCACUUUCUGCUUGGUGCCCCGAGGACGUCGGCUUGGCUCCUUCAGAUUUCUCGAGGCUCUCCAAGCGGGUUGUGUGCCCGUUCUCUUAAGCAACGGGUGGGAGUUACCAUUCAGCGAUGUCGUUGAUUGGACCAAGGCUGCCGUAUGGGCUGAUGAGAGGCUCCUGCUGCAGGUCCCGGACAUGAUCCGAUCCAUUCCGCCCACAAAGGUUCACGCAUUCCGACAGCAGACACAGGUUCUGUGGGAUAACUAUUUUUCUUCAGUUGAGAAGAUAGUUAGUACCACUUUCGAAAUCAUCAGGGAACGAGUCAAAAUACCUCUCCAGCGGAGCUCAUAUGUAUGGAACAGUCACCCUGGGGCUCUGCCCACUCUGCCCCAAUUUUCCGACGUCUUGCGGGAUUUCCCUUUCUACCUGAAUCAUCUCGGGGUUACGCCCCAUCCCAAGUUCACCGCCGUCAUUUACGUGUCCAUGGCUGCCUCUUCUGCGCACUCAUCGCCCUUGUUGCGACUUGUCAAGACAGUCGCCAAGUCCGCCAAUGCCGCCAGGGUGGUCGUGAUCUGGAAUAGCGAAACUGUUCCGGCGUCUUCUGUGAAGUGGCCUUCCUCUCCAAUCCCCAUCAACGUCAUACAGGCCCAGCACAAGACAAUCAGCUCCAGGUUCUUUCCACAUCCUCUCAUUCAAACAGAUGCCGUUCUCAGCUUGGAUGAGGAUGUCCUACUCACAACAGAAGAGGUGGACUUCGCAUUCAAGGUGUGGCAAUCGUUUCCUGAGCGUAUCGUCGGCUACCCUGCACGUUCCCAUUUUUGGGACGACAGUCGAGGCUGCUGGGGCUAUACCUCUAAGUGGACCAAUGACUAUUCUAUUGUCCUCACUGGGGCGGCCUUCUACCAUAGGUACUAUCAUUUCUUAUACACUCACUACUUAAGCCACUUGCUCCACAAGAUCGUGGACCAGUCUCAGAAUUGCGAGGACAUCCUGCUCAACUUCCUAGUCAGUCAUGUAACUCGGCUGCCCCCUAUUAAAGUUACUCAGCGUAAGCAAUAUAAGGAGACCAUGCUAGCAGGGGGCGGCCGUAGUUACCCUUCUCCCUGGAAUGAUCCGGAUCACUUCGUCCAGAGACAGACCUGUAUGAACGCCUUUGCCAAGAUCUUCGGCUACAUGCCUUUAGUACGCUCUAAUACCAGGCUGGAUCCUGUUCUGUUCAAGGAUCCCGUUUCGAACCUCAGGAAGAAGUACCGUCGCAUGGAAAUAGCUGGCAGCUAGUGAAGGCCAUUGUGGUGAUAUUUAAGAAAGAAAUGGCUACAUUCGGAGCUCAGUGAGUGAGAGUAACAUCUUCUCUCAGCUUCUUCAGGAGCCCACGAUUCUGACUAUGAAGUCGGCCGAAAGAAAUAUAUCAGGAAUGCGCCCGUGAACUCUUUAUCUCUGUCACUCACUUGCAUGCGUCUGUUUUUGGGUAGCUGCGUCGGUCUGGUUGUUGACUUCAUAAGUGUGAAUCAAGAACAUGCCCACAGAACUUUUGCUAGUGUCAUCCACUCACAUGCGUCUGUCUUGGGCUGCUAUUUCCGCCUGAUUGUCUAUUUUGCCAGAGACGUUUCUCAGGCCGCUGGCCUCGAAAGGCUGCAGUCUUUACAAAUGAAUGGAUGGAUUUUUCUUCUCCUGACUGAUUAUUCUUAGAGCUUUAACUGAGACUUUGUUUGGGCUCUUCCACUUACUUUCCAGCGCUGGUGGUAUUGAUUCAAUUGGCAAUGAAGCUUUAGCCAACAGCUUUUGGAAAGAUGGUGAUUUCCUGAAAUUAUUUACUUUGGUUUGUGAACUUUCACUUUCCAUUUGUUUAAAAGCGUUAGAUAUUUUGUUUACUGAUAAUUUAAAAAUUAAAUUGAUUUUUAUAGUAUAUUUGUUGUAAUAUAAAAAACAGUUUAUAUGAAUUUUAUCUGACGGUAUAUUACCUUAAAAUUACUGCCUUUCUUUUUAUGUAAAGGAGUUUACUGAUAGUUCUGAUAGUGGCCUAUGAAAUAUAACUAUUAAAAAUGGCUGAAAACUUUCAUUUGCAUGUAUUGUGAUAAACUUUCCAAUUCUAUUUGUCUGAGAGUUAUGUCUGUUGCAUUUAUUAAACAAAUGUUAAUAAGCAGUAAUGUAUUUAAUUUUGUUUCAGCGGUUACAAUAUUAAUGUCUGGUGUAAGUCAUACAGUGUGAAAGAUCCUGGUAUCAAAUGUAUUUUUGAUAGCAUAAAUGAUAUUAAACAUGAACUGGAUUAUCAAAAAAGUUAUCUGUCUUUACAACUGAUCUGAACAAUUAUUUUUAUCCAAGAUUUAAAACUAAUGCCUAUUUGAAAUAAUUAAUAAUUUUAAAAAGGAGGGAAUGUUAUGAAGCUAGAAAGAUAGUAAUAUUUUUUUUAUUAUUUUAGUUUCUGAAUCUAAUACUUCAAUAAUAGUUUCCUUUCAAAAGAAAAGUCUGAAAUUAAUUUUUUUAGAACUUCAUAGUGUCAUUUAAAUUAAAGAAAAUAGUGACGUUUGAAAAUAGUAACGUAUUUAUUAGAGUUCAAAAUUUUUCAUUUUAAAUGAUCAACUGGAACUCAAAUACUAAGUACAUAAUUUUUCAACUGGAAGUGGUGAAUAAGUUGUGAAGUGGUGGUAAAACCGCAUUUCUUAAGUAAACUGCAAUUAACGGUUCAUGCAACUGCAUUUAUUAAGGAAAAUUCGAAUAGAAUUUGAGUUUUGUAAUUUUAUUGUCCUUUAAAAAAAUAAAUAUAUAGUCAAGGAA